CCUACUUCACGACUAGUCGUCGGUAAGCCAUUAUGGCGAUCGGAUAGAAGUCACGGUGGUGUCCGUUAGCUCGAAAAAUUCACUGUGAUGGUACACGUUCUCGCGUAGUGAAUCGACUCGCAGUUUCCACUGCACGGAGGAACGUCGAUUUUUUUAUCGCGCAACGACGUACAAACACGAAUGUCACGAUGGUGAAGCUGACCGAGGAGAUGGUCGUGGCUCGUACACGAAUAUCCGACUUCUCCGCCGUAAAGAAACUCAAUUGCUGGGGAACAGAAUUAACGGAUGUUAGCAUCUUGAGGAGAAUGAAGAAUGUGGAGGUAUUGUCAUUGAGUAUAAAUAAUAUUAAUACACUUGCCGAUUUUCAAUAUUGCCACAAGCUUCAGGAUUUAUUUAUAAGAAGAAACAAUAUCAAGGAUUUAAAUGAGAUUUGCUAUCUUCAAGGAUUACCUAAUUUACGGAAUUUGUGGCUUGGUGAGAAUCCGUGUGCGGAGAAAGAAGGAUAUCGAUUAUCAGUGCUUCGAACUUUACCAAAUCUCGAGAAAUUAGAUGAUAAAGGAGUAUCACCUGAAGAAAUACAGACUGCAAUGGCGAUAGGACGACCUUUGGUGCAUCCUCUUGAAAUGGAUACUUCUCCACAGUCAGACGCAGUAAGCCCAGAUGAAAUACCAAUUGAAUAUAUUGAAGAAACUGAAACGGAACAGCCUAGGAGAUACAGUUCUUGUAGCGAUCAGAGAAGUUUUGACGAGACGCAACAGUCGCACGAAGAAUAUGACCCUGACAGAAGAAACGCAAAUUAUAGUGCGUCAUCGUCCCAUCAUUACUCACAAAAUAAUCAGUAUGCAUAUGAGCUACAGAAUGGACAAUCAAAGAAACACAGCAAAGAUGAUACUGUGCGUACAGAGUUGCGUAGCAACAAUGAGACUGCGGCCACUAACACUCUUGAAAUAUCCAAGGAUUAUGAUGAACGCCCAGUAGUAUCGCGACAUAACGGAGAUUACGACGAAAGGCGAGGUUAUUCCGAUUACAGCGGGAACGAAGUAUCUCAGCGUGUUUAUACAUCAACACCCCAACAUCGUACACAAUAUGUUGCCAAUGAAUCCGCAGAUGAUAGACGUAGUGAAAGAAAUAACUCUUAUGACUACGAUGACAGAAUAAAAUUAGAGUAUGAAGAUUCGCAAUCUCAGCUAUCGCAACAAACAAGGAGAAUGGCAAUUAAUAAUGUCGAAAGGGAAGAUACUAGUCAAGUACCUGGCUGGGUAAAACAUACUGAUAAGGACAAAUGCAGAUCUCAAUUUCAUUAUCACAGACGACCAGUAACAAGGAAUUCGAAUAUAUUGUCCGCUGUAUUGUGCCUGGUCAAAGAAUUGGACUACCCGAGUCUGGAAGUGGUAGAAAUGGCUGUUAGAAAUCGAAUGGAUGAACUGGAAGAAUGAUGUUUCUGACACCGUCCCCAAAAUCCACAGGGGACGGUCGCUUUCUCUCAUAUUGGCAGCAUGUCUUCCGUUCCCAGCCCGGAAUUCUCCGACUCUCUUGAUUCAACAAUAACUCCUAACCAAUACACUGAUAACGAUGGAAAUUAUAACAAUCACGAGCAGUACGUAAUCGACCGUCAGUUAUUGGACGAGAAUAACGAGAAAUGUCAAAUUCGACGCAACGGAUGUGCCGAAAAAGUUUGCUCAAUACAAAGUCCAAAAACCGUCUCUAUUGACCCAAGCCCAAGAUUGCUCAGAAGUAAUCAGUCCGUGUAUAAAAUUAAAGACUCUGUAUUAGAUAAUCUGCCGCCGGGAAAUUACGAAGAGAGGAAGAGCAACGACGUAAGACGCGUGGCGAGCAGUGAUAGUAUUCCUCGCGGUAACUAUAACAAUGUUGUUCUAAGCCAGGGAUGCAGAGUUCUGAGCCAAGACUGCGUGAGAAGAUCAAAAAGCCUGGAUGUUAGAAAUACAAUUACGCCCCUUCGUUAUAUUCAAUCGGCGAAAGGAACGUGGACGUAUAAUUUGUAAGUUAGAUUGCAAAUUUAAUGAAUUGCUUUCCUGAAAUAAUGACCUAAAUCUUUGUAAAUGCGACUUUUCUUCUUUCUCUCUCUCUUAACGAACUCUUUGGAGUGGAAAGAAUAGAAUUUAAAUUAAAAACAGAUUAGUAAUUGGUACAAUUUUUUCUCUUUUUUUUUUAAGAUAGAAGAUUAGUCUCACCCAACGUUAUUUCAGGAGAGAGAUAUAUAUGUAAAAUUUACAAAUGAUUGUGAUAUUUCUACAAGGACUAAAGAAAUGAAUUUAAUUGUCUUAAUAUAUUUGUGUAUUACGCGCGUACAUUUGGAACAUGUUGAGAUAAUAAUUUCUGUUAAUAGGAAAUGUUAAAGUUAAAUCUAGCGAAUUCUUGGUUGUACAAGCAUACAGAAAUUUGAUAUUUUAUACUUAAAUAAUUUUCCUCAUCAUCUGUUAAGUGUUUCAAAAUUUUAUUCCCGAUACAAAAAAAAUCUGUCUUAAUAAUUUAUAUUUUAAAAUUUAAAUAUAUCCGCGACAGACACGAGACCUUUCAGAUAUAUAUAUACAAAUUGUUAAAUAUACACGUUAUAAAUACCUCUACCUUAUGUAUAAAACAUAGAAUCAAAGUUAAAUUAUAUGCUCUAUCAAAUAUUUUCUGAGCAAGAACACGUUCCGUGUUUUUACGCGAGCAAGAAAAAUUACUUGAAUCAGUGAUACUCUUUGUGGAUCGACGUUUAAAAAGUGCAAUAAUUUAUACAAUAAAAUAUAAUGCGAAUGUAUGUAUAUAUGUAGAACAUAAUUUCGUAUGCAAAAAGUAUUCUAUAAACGGCUUUGUUUAAAUGUAUGUACAUUUUCCACAUAUAUAAUCUAAUAAUUUACAAUCGAGAUAUCUUCGUACGUCUAUGCUUAAAAAUGUACAUAUAAGAAAGCAAAAAUAUUCUAUAGAUAGCAUUUUUUUUAAUUUGUUAAUGCAAUUGCGGAUACGUACAUUAAUCUUUUUUUUUCUAACUUUCUUCUCUUCUUGAGCACUGUUAUAUGAGAAAAAGGUAAUUUGAUUACAACUUAAAUUGUUUUAAAAAAAUUGUACUUAAUGAAUAGUAAAAUAACGAACAAGGGAGAUGACGAGAAGUAAGAUAACUAGAUAAGAAUGUGUAUUAUAGAUUAACUUUAGACUGACGAACAAGUAGAACAUAUUUUUUUGAGACAAACCCUUCUUACAUUACAUUAACUGUUAACUAUAUGGCAAAAGCAGAAAACAACAUAAGAAAUUAAAUUUAUUCGGCAAUCAGUACACCGUUCCAACCAAGUAAGCCAGCAACUUAUGAUAAUUAGUAUUAAGACGUUUUAUAAUAAUGUAAAACACAACGGCUUUUGUUACCUAGAACCGUCCAUUUACAUUACUUUGUAACGAGUACGCAAUGUUACUUUAUUGUAUGUAAUUACAAAGCUGAUUACUAUAAUUCAAUAUGAGACACCAAGUUUACAUAAAGUAACAAUCCUUCAACAAUUGAAAUAAUGUUAAGUAUUUUUUAUAUAUUCUCACACAUCUUGUAUAUUUUAUCUGCAAUGAACGCGCUAUGAACAUUAUAAAUUUGUGUUUAUGACAAAUUAGUUUUGAAGUCUAUAUUGUUGUUGAUGUCUUCACAAAAAAUGAACUUGAAAUAAUUUAUUAACUUGUCAAGCAAAUGAGAAAUUGUAUCUGCCAACGUAUCUAAUCUGUUCAAAUUGUUAAUUUAAGUUUACAUCGUGCUUCAUGUAAAUAUAUACACUUCCAUUGAAGCAUUAAACCUGUCUACACUA